AGUGAAUAGAGAGACGUGUGUUUUGGAGAGGGGGAAAGGAAAAUAUAUAGUGUUGUGAAAAGUGGUGUGCUUGGUGGAACACGAAGACGAAUUAUGCAUUCAACGAGUUUGGAUGAAGAUGCUCCGCGACUGUUGCCCGUUGAGUCCCAAGAGUCUGUGGCGAUUGUGACACCUCAGCUGGUGGUGCCAACGCUAACGGGCACGAUUAAAGCUCGAUCACCGUCACUGCCAACAUCGGCGUCGUCGUCGACGACCAAUGCCAGCAAUUUGGCGGGCGUUCAGAUGCCGAUGGAUGGCGUCAGUACACUUCAAGUGCCGAAGCAGGCCAAUCGAAAAUCUUCAAAUUCAUCCUGUGGAUCAGCAUCACACUCAGUGUCUCCGCUGGUUGUGAACGGUGUUGGGGGACAGCAGUCGCACAAGCAGCAGCAGUACAGCGCGCGUGAUAAGAAACACCAUCACAGGCACCAUCGCCACCAUCGCCAUCGGCAGCAGCAGCACGAGGAGGAGGAGGGGGAGGACGCCAAGAGUGACAAGGGUGACACGAGUGUGGCCAAUGGAGAGGCGCACGAGAAGGUGGACGAGGCAGCAGCUGAUGAGGGUGUGAAGCCGCAGCAGAAGUUGAGAAAGUACGUGAUCAAGAAGAUAACGAUUCGCAAGCAGGACGGAAGCACCAGGAAGAUAAUCAUAAAGAAGCCACUUGACCUUCCGGACGCACCGCUCAAAUUGACAAAGACAGACAAUCGAAUGUCAACGUACGAUUUGGCGGAUUAUUGUGAGAAUCCAUUGAAUAUGCUGAUGUAUCCAGCCAUGGAGGCUCAUGUGACAACAUCAAACCAAAAUAAUGGACCCGUGUGUUCAUCUGCAACAGUGCCAAUAAUGAAUCAAGUUAAAUAUUGUGAUAACAGCAAUCAGAACUGUGUUAAUACUAGUAAUAAUGUAGGGAAUUUAAGUGGUGGCAAUAAUGUGAGGAAGAACAGCAAAGUUGUCAUUAUUGAUGGUGUUCCAAUUACAUCCAGUGAACCCAUUAGCAUUGUCAAUGUCACUGAUUUGGAUGAUGAUGAUGACUUGAUUGAUUUGACCACGCCACCAGGAUCAGCGAGCACUUCGCUGAGGAACUGCGACAUGUAUAAUGCUGAAAUUGACUACAUGAACAACUACCUGAAGAGUUUGCCGAGCUACAGUGAUUUGGACUCGAAGACAAUUUAUGGGAGUAGCAGUGGAUAUGGCAGUAGCCAGAGUGUUAAGCAAGAUGCCAUUUAUACACCAUUUGGCUAUAAUAAUUCAACCCAUUCGGGGGAUGAUGUGAAGCAUGCCAAAUUGGCCAAAUCAAAUUCGUAUCACAGUAUUAUGAAUAGUGGUGGAAAUGCGAUGACGACAUUCGGAAAGAGGCAAGAAGGCUUUAACUUCACAAAUCCCUUCAGUGGUGGUUGUAUUCCGCAAUCAAAUAAGAUCAGUCGAAGUACAUCCAGUUCACAAAUACCGAUCUUUAAGCCUCAAUAUCCUGGAUCCUAUCAACAAGUGCCGCGUGAGGCUCAGGAUUCGCCGUCAGUAUUUCACAAAGGCAUUCAAAAGAGUACCUCAUCAACGGCUUUCACACCGUAUUCAACAAAUCCAGCUAAUAACAACAACAAUCAAGGCAAUCCCAAUUCGAGCAAGAGAAUUCUCAAUAACUUCUGGAGUGAGAAUGUGAACAGUAAAAGUACGAAUAAGAGCAAAAUAGGUUGGAAUUAUGAUAAGAUAAUGUCAGGAUCGAAGGAUGAUUUGAGAUCAAACAAUCAGGAUGGGAAUAUGAAUGUGCACAAUGGUAAUUUUCAGCUGCGUAAGAAUUUUUCCCACACUCACCUCGAUAGGGGGGCAAAUUUGCGGAAUUUAUCGAAGGAGGAUCUGUAUAAAUUGGUUUGUCACGAGAGUCAACCGCAAUUUGCUGCCAUGAAGCAGGAAACCGCAAAGAGUGCAGCAGAACAAUUUAAUCCAAUAUCGAAGAGUAUAUCAUAUACCAAUGUUCCGAUAUCGCACAAUGCUAAUAAUAAUAAUAGUAAUGUGGCCAGUUAUGGCUCAAGGAGCUAUGUGAAUAGUAAGAUGAACCUGCCAUGGCUCACCACAAGUGUCCGGCAGCCAACUCAGCUGCAGCGACAGCCCGUGAUACUGUGCAAGAGCUCCUCAAACAGUUGUAUAACCAGCCAAAUGCCAGCUGUGAAAGUGACAGAGUUGACGGAGAAGCCAGUGGCACCGUCGAGAUGUCUGAUGAAGAGCACUUCCAGCUCUUGUGUCUUUGGGAAGCGAAUAGGUGAGACACUCAACAAGGGACCUCCACCUCCGCCACCGCCAAAAACAGAAUCCACUUACCAGCAAUUUGCUGCCGCUGUCACAGCUGCAACGUCUCCAUUGUGGAAUGAUUAUCUCUCUGGUGGCGAUAUCAGCACGUCCAAUCGGAUGGUGUUGCGGAAUAAUGAUUUGCUGAGGAAGAGUUCGGGUUCAGGAAAUGGACAACAACCGCCGCCAACGUGUGCGGAUAAUUUCUUCAUCAAACAGAAUAUUCCGCAACCCAACAAAGUUGUGAUCAACUAUCCGCCAUUCACGAAAAUCUCAAGCAUCCACAUCCCGAUAAAUGGUCAAUUGCCAUCGGCAUUCCAGUCUACGAGUAGUGGCGUUGUUGAGAACAAAGGUGAAAAAUGUGGCGGUCCAUCGUCGUCGUCGUCCAGUGUCGCCAGUGUGACUCCACAGGUCGCACCAAAUUUGCAUGGUAAUGAGGCGACACAGAGAGUCGUCGUCGGUGGGACAAGUGGAAGAACGGAUUCUGGGAAUCGCUUGGCGACUGUUGUUGGGAAGUGCAGUGAAAAGAAGUUGGAUGAUAAAUUGGAUCAAAAUAUCGCGUCACUCUUAAAUCUUGGCACAGAGUGGAAUAAAUCACUGGUUCAGCCACCACCUCCAGUGACUGUGUCAUCGUCGGCUCACCAGCAGAGUGCGGCGGCAGCGGCAGCGGCGGCGGCGACACAUGGGACGUGCGGUGGUGAGAGUGGUGGGAAAAAAGUCUCAUACACGGAUCUACUGUCGCAACCACCACAUUCAUUCACUGCAACUGGUGCAACCAGCAUUCCCACACUGUCUGACCACGAGAUACGCAAAGAGUCCACCACGGUGAAUCUCUUUCAGCGACCACUGGAUCAAUGUGGAGUGGGCAGCAGAGUGAAUCAAGUUUCAGGUGCACCAGACGCCCAAGCCCGAAUUCCAGUCAGCAAUUUCAAGCUCUCCCAGUCAACGUCCAAGACUUCCUUCGUUCAGCCACCGCCUCAGCCGGCGCCGACGCCGCCGAUCUUCUCAUCGAAAGCGAAUAUCGUGAUUGAACCGCCAAAUGUGAGUCAACCGAAGCCCAAAUUGUGGUUUCCACCACCGCCACAACCACCAGCAAUCCUCCCAGCUCUGCAUCCACCAGCGCCAAUGGUGCCUGAUGAUCAUCUCCCAGUGCAGAACAUCCCCCAAAACCUCCAUCUCGAUACUGAUUUCAUAUCGUGUCUCGACAAUGAGGCCACCAGACCCCCAUCGAUCCGAGAUGAUAAGGAGGGACACUUGAUUUAUCACACCGGCGACAUUCUGCAUAACAGAUACAAAAUUCUGGCCACACUGGGUGAAGGAACCUUUGGGCGUGUUGUUAAGGUCAAGGAUUUGCAGAUGGAUCACUGUAUGGCUCUGAAGAUCAUCAAGAAUGUGGAGAAAUAUCGCGAAGCUGCCAAGCUUGAGAUAAAUGCAUUGGAGAAGAUUGCGGAGAAGGAUCCAAAUUGUGAACACCUCUGUGUUCGUAUGCUGGAUUGGUUCAACUAUCAUGGGCACAUGUGUAUUGCGUUCGAGAUGCUGGGAUUGAGUGUUUUCGAUUUUCUGAGGGAAAACAACUAUGAACCCUAUCCACUGGAUCAUGUGCGCCACAUGUCAUACCAAUUGAUAUACUCUGUGAAGUUUCUCCACGACAACAAGUUGACACACACUGAUCUGAAGCCGGAGAAUAUCCUGUUUGUGGACUCCGAAUACAGCACGACGUUCAAUCUCAAGAAGAGCCGCGAUGUUCACUUCGUGAAGUGCACCGAUGUGCGUCUGAUUGAUUUUGGCAGUGCCACAUUUGACCACGAACAUCACAGCACAAUUGUGUCCACGCGUCACUAUCGUGCUCCAGAAGUGAUCUUGGAACUCGGAUGGUCGCAACCGUGCGACGUCUGGUCAAUUGGAUGCAUCAUGUUUGAGCUGUAUUUGGGAAUUACACUUUUCCAAACGCACGAUAACAGAGAACAUUUGGCUAUGAUGGAGAGAAUUCUUGGAGCAAUUCCGUAUCGAAUGGCCAAGAAGACAAAGACAAAGUACUUCUACCAUGGAAAGCUGAAUUGGGAUGAGAAAUCAUCGGCCGGACGGUACGUGCGUGAUCACUGCAAGCCACUUGAGAAGUAUAUGUUGUCAAAGAGUUCGGAUCACGUGCAGUUGUUCGACUUAAUAAAGCGGAUGCUUGAAUAUGAGCCAAGUCAACGCAUGACAUUAGGUGAGGCUCUUCGUCAUCCAUUUUUCGCCAAAUUGCCGCCACAUCAGCGGUUAGCCGACAAGGAUUUGGCAAAUUCGUCAAAUAGCAGCCGUGAACGAUCUCAUAGUCUAUCGAGAUGAGAUUCAGCACGAUUUGGUUAUUAUUAAACAAUUGCAGUUGUAACUAUUCCGCCCUUCCUUCUUACAUCCCUCUCACUAUUCUCUUUCCCUUUUCAUCUCUCAAGAAAGUGGUGCGUUUUGUUUUUUCCUAUUUCAACAGUCACAAAACACACAAUUUAUUUGGAUUGAUUGAAAAUUGCAAGCAAUAAUCUAAAUGUUUGACUACAUUUUACUUAUUGAUUUCUGCAUGAUUUAUAGACAAAAUUUUGAUAUAAAGUGACAAUUUGCUCUAGGCUAGAGUUGUUCAGCUAGAGAGAGAGAAAUAUUGCACAGAAAAGUAUCUUGAUUUUGGUGGUGUUUUUUAGGAGAUGAAAAGGGAAAUUGCUAAGAAAGAAAUAAAAUUAAUGAGGUUAUUAGAAUAACAAAUGAGAAACACGGUUUGGAUAAAUGUGGAAAAUGGAAGAACAAUAAUAUCAAUUAGAAGGAAUUUCCACAAUUUUUCUUUUCUGACAAAUAUUUGUGUUAAAAAAAAACCGUGUUUUUGUGGGAUUGAUCGAAAUGUGCGUAGUUUUUUUGUAAAUCAAACUUGUGAAUGGAAGGAAUUUCAAUUUUAGGAGAGAAUUGUAUAAAGAAUAUAAACUUUGAAGGCGAAAAAAGCUACAAAAUGAGUAUAAUUGAUUAAUAAUACACCAAAUCGUAGAUCCAGGAAAGAGAAGGAGGAGAAGAAAAAACUAUUAUUUAAUUUGAUGAAGAAAACAAAACAAGACGAUUCUUGAUAUUUCAAAAAAUUUAUUUUUCCACUUUAUUUAGGCAUUAUUCUUUGUUUCUGUUCUAUCGUAGAAGUACAAGCGAAAGAGAGAGAAAGAGAAAAUGUUGUUUUCCUGUAUCAAUUUACUAUAUUUUCUUUAGUUUAUCUCUUCCAUGCAUUACUUUAGUUAUUUUUCUUUGUCCUGAAAUUUUAUCUGUAACGUCAUGAUAAUAUCAAAUUUUCUUGAUUUUUUUUUUGAGAAAAACUUUACCUGUAGAUGACAAUGCUGAUGAGAGUCAAAGAAGAAAAAGGAGUAACGAGUAAAAAGUGGUAUUGCAUUAAGGAGUAAAAGGAGUUUUUGGAGUUGUAAUAAAGAGAGAGAAAAGAGAAUUCCAGAAGAAUAUUUUCUUUUGGAAUUUGAUUUUGAUGUUUAUUUUUUAUCUGACAAACUGAGCAUAGAUAUUUUCAAUUGAUGAGAAAGUGCUGAUGAAGAGCCACAAAUGUGUUUUUAUUUUUCUUUCUGAUGGACAAAUCACAAAUUCUGAUGUGAUUUCUUCAUUUUUUUGUGGGAAUGACCAAGAAAGUUGAGAUUUUGUUGAAGGAGAAAAGAAAAAAAAAUAGCACGAAGAGAAUGAUUUUGUCGAUUCCUAGAGAAUUUUUUUGGAGUGUGUGUGUGUAAAAACACACCAACAAUCUAUGCGUAAAUUAAUUUAGAAUGAUGAACAUAAUUGAAAAACAAGAACUAUUAUAUGAUGAAAAAAAUGAUGAUUGUUUAAGAGAAAAAAAUUACUUAGAAAUAAAUGAAAGAGUUGUGAAAAUA